AUGGCGGCAGCCGCGCUUUGUAACCCGGAAUGGCGAACUUCCUCGUUUACCUUCUAUCGAUAUGUUCCAUCGAAAGCCGCUGCUAUUCUUUUCUGCAUCUUGUUCCUGAUUUCGGCGCUUCUACAUUCUUGGCAAAUGUAUCGUACGCGAUCAUGGUUUCUAGGAGCUUUGGUUGCGGGUUGUUUUACUGAGUUUAUUGGCUUCGCAGCCCGGGCAAGCUCGUCGAGUGAGGAGGCAGGCUGCUGGAAAAUGAUGCCGUACAUCAUCCAGACUGUCUUCAUUCUCUUGAGUCCAGCCCUGUUCUCAGCCUCGGUGUAUGUGAUAUUGGGAAAGAUCGUCGCCGUGACGGACGGGGACUCGCAUGUUUGGAUCAAACAGCGCAAAAUCACGAAAACUUUUGUGACUGGCGAUCUCGUCUGCCUUUUCAUGCAGUGCGGAGCUGGUGGCCUCAUGGGGGGAUCUAGGGCAUUCCCGAGCCUAUACAACGUUGGCAAUGGCCUGGUAAUUGCUAGCCUGAUCCUUCAACUCCUUUGGUUCUUGUUCUUCGUCGUUGUUUCCGUCAUAUUUCACCGAAAGAUGCGGAUCUCUCCCACGGCCGCUGCUGAACGACCAGAAGUUCGGUGGCAGAGCUACCUUGUCACGCUCUAUAUUGUGGCAGUUCUUGUCAUGAUACGGUCCCUGUUCCGCGCCAUUGAAUUCAUAGAAGGACGCUCGGGCUAUCUCCAAAGUACAGAGGCGCUCUUCUAUGUCUUCGACCCUGCCCUCAUGAUCCUCGCGGUGGCCUACCUACAUUGGAAGCAUCCGAGUGAGAUUGGCGCACUGCUUCGUGAUGAAGUACCCUGUACGAAUGGCUUGAGACUUAUUGCGAUGAACUUGGAACCGGGCUUGUUGAGGAAAUUCAAGACCCAGCGUAAAGCCGGACAAAACAAUGAGAUUGUGUGAUUUCGUUUAGAUUGCUAGAUUGCAGAAAUCAGUCAGAGCCUAGCCAAAGCACGAUACGGGGUCACAGUUUAGGCACAACGGGCUUUCCGGUAUUUCGUUGUCAUAUCUUUGAAGGGGCACCCAACACAAUAUGAGGGACGGUAUUUGAGGUGGGGGAUUUCAAUUGAGCGUAAGCGUUUAUGUGCUGAAAUUGUAGAGGACAAAUCCAUGUAUUGUG